AACAAAAGAAACUACUACAUUUAAGAAAGUUUUAUCAAGUAAGAAACUUAACUUAUUAUUCAUAAUAUAAAAAUGUUAUGGUCAGAUGCUGAAAGUCAACCUGUUGAUAAUUUGUUUAAAAACAUUAAUUCCAUCAACCUCGACGUUAUCUCCGAAGUACAAAAAGAUGUGGAACCUUACGAUAUGGUAUCGCUGGUAUUUCUAUUAUAUGAUACUCCCGAUACAGCUCUUCAAAAAUUGAUUUGUUUUGAAAGAAUAUCGAAGGAUGUUGAAACAAAUAACAUGAAUUUGCUUUAUGACUGGGUUCUUUACAUGCAAAACCCUCGUAACCCUCGACCUACUUGGAAAUACGAGUUUCUGGAAGCUCUUACUAUAUGCAGACUUUACAAUGUAAUUAGAAAAUUGGGAUUUGAUGUGUCUAAAGUAAAGAAACAUUACUUGCCUGAAAAUGUUCAUGUGACCGUCUACAUUGAUCCUGUGAAGAAAGCACUGUACAAAAUAUGUGAAAGUAUGACAUUUGAGUAUUUUUUGAAAUUCAAAAGAACUUUAAAGUCCUACAAAAUUGACGUUUCUGAACACAACAUUUGUGAGAUUAUCUUUUUAGAGCUUAUGAGUAAGAAAUUUAUAAAGUUAGGACAAUAUGACAGUGAUGCAAAAAAAUAUAAUAAUUAUUAUGAUAUUGAAGAGCUUGCAAAGAUAUUUGAUAAUAUUAGCCACUUUAAUGAAUAUGCAAAGCUUCUAAGAGAAAUACAAGAUCAAAUUAACUGCUCCAGUAGUCUCAAUCCUAAUACGGAAGCUGCGAAUACUGUUGUCACUAAUCAUAAAUCAAACUUAAAUAGCAAUAAUAUUAAAAAAGAAAACUACACUGCAGCAUUUGAUGACAUAUUUGAACAGCUUAAUCAGUUACAUAUGGAGGAUGAACCCAUUCUGAACCUAAAAUCAGAUACUAAUCAAUUAAGAAUUGAUGCUUAUCCUUUGAAGAAUAGAAAUAGAAUUGGCAUAUGUUGCAUUAUUAAUCAAGAAGUCUUUUAUCCAUCAAAAGACAGCAUCCAAUCACACACUUCUGUCUUAUCUGACCGUUUAGGUUCCACUCUCGAUCUUCUUGCUUUAGAGAAAACAAUGACAGCCUUAAACUUUGUCGUGAAAAGUGAAUCUAACUUAAACAAAAAAGAAGUGUUUCAGUUUAUAAAUAAAGUAGUUAGGGAAGAUGUUCAUACUGAUGAUAGUGUAUUUAUACUUUGUAUAAUGUCUCACGGUGUAAGAGGGCAUGUAUAUGCAGCAGAUUCAACUAAAAUAAAAGUUGACGACAUAUUAAGUUUACUUGAUUCAGAUGAAGUUUCUAAGCUCCAUGGCAUACCUAAAGUUGUAUUACUCCAAGCAUGUCAGGUUCUCCCAGAUCAUAAUAUAAAUAUUCGCAUAAAAGCAGAUGGUCCUAAAUCAAACUUCUACUUAAAAAAGUUACACUUUCUUAUAUACUGGGCUACAGCACCAGAAUAUGAAGCCUUUAGAAUCGAAGAUAAAGGCUCAUUAUUUAUACAAUGUAUAUGUGGAAUUAUUAAGAAAAUGGCUGAGCAUGAACAUUUGUCUGACAUUUUUACUAAAGUGACAGAUAUGGUUACAACAGUAUGUACUCAAUUGCAGCGUUCUCAAGUACCUAUUUUUAAAUCAACAUUGAGAAAGAAACUGUAUCUUAAAUAGAUUGCCUGUCUGUUCUUAAUUAAAGUACGGGGAACAUAUCCGCAAACCUACAGUGGAGCAAUGUGGUGGAUUAAGCUCCAAUCCUUCUCUACACGGAGAAAGCCUACUAAGCCAAGCAGUGGAAUCUUAUAGGCUGAAUGCAAUAUAUUUACCAUUAUAAAUUAUUUUAUUAAAAGUAAUAUUUUUAUAUUAGCUGAAAUGUAAACACUGUUUUAUAAUUUAAAA